ACGCACACAGAGACGCGGCCGCAUACCGAGCUGCGCGCGCGCUGGAGAAACCGUGCGCUUUGCAUUCAACACUCAGUUGUAAGGCAACUUUAGAGGUCAUCAAACGCUUUAUAGGGACCCCUUAUAACUUCACACGUCAAAUUAUUUUGACAUAUUUAUUGAAAACUAUCGAAAAUACUUAGUUAAAACGUCCCACCUUGUAUCGUAACGAGUUACAGUGUCGCAACAGUUAAGUGGUACUUGAAAGUUGUCAUAGUGCUACGAACAUUGUCAUCCCGGUUCCGACGUGUUAAGUUUCGGUUAAGUUCGUUCAAGUUGAGGUUUAAUUAAGUUUGUGUUAAGUGAAACUAUGAGUGCUUGUGAGUUUAGUGAUUGAUACCCCCUCGUGUUGGAUAUGGAAGGAUUUGACUCCAGUUGAAAAUGUGGGAAAACAUUUUCUACGUUAAAUCUGUGAGGAAAAAGGGGACCAGUGUAUAGGGUCUCGCCAUGUCAAGCGGCAGUUGUUCCGGGCCGGGCGUAUGCGGGGGCGCGCGGCGGCGGCCACCCCCUCCCCCGGAGCCCGCGCUAUCCCUCGCAGCCGAUCUCAGCGAGCUCAGCCUAGACCAGGGCUACCACACCCUAGCUGACUGCGGCCCGCCGAGACGAAGAAGGGAUAACACCCUUAGUGAUGCACUGUGGUUGAAGAUUUUGUCGUACCUUGAGGUAUCCGACCUCUGUCGAAUGUCCCGUGUCUGCAGACGAUGGGCUCGACUAACCACGAGGCUCAUCACGAGGCCCGAGGCCUGGAAGAAGGUCAGGGCCGCUGGGCCCCUGGAGAUCGCUGCGAGAUGCGCGGGAGCAAGGGCGGGCCCCUGCGUCAGUUCUGUGAGAGAGUGGCGCUCGAAAAACUGUGCGGUGACAGUAGCCAGUGCUCAACUGUUGGUGGCUACCUUCAGGAACCUGACGCACCUCGCAGUAACUGGCUCCAGCAGUAUGGAUGCCAGAGCUAUGGCGCCUCUCAUCACCGACCUCACGGAUUUGAGGCAUAUAGACCUUACAGGUUGUCCAAACGUGGACUGGCCAGAUUGGGCGUGGUUGGAGACACGGCUGGCAACUCGCCGACCCCCAGUGGAGUACAUAGACCUGACGGACUGUGGGUCUGUGACGGACGCUGGACUGUGUGCGUUGCUCCACACCUGUCCAUCAUUGCAGUAUUUGUACCUAAGGAGGUGUACUCUAGUCACAGAUGCAGGAGUUCGAUGGAUACCAUCUUACUGCGCGCUGAAAGAGCUCAGUGUGUCCGACUGUACCGGAGUCACGGACUUCGGACUGUACGAGCUGGCCAAACUAGGACCGGCGCUGCGGUACCUUUCUGUUGCUAAGUGUACUCAGGUAUCAGACUCUGGUGUCCGAACCCUGGCCCGAAGAUGCUACAAGCUGCGGUAUCUGAACGCCCGAGGGUGUGGGGCACUUGGAGACGAUGGCGUGGAAGCCAUAGCCAGGGGGUGUUCCAGGCUCAGGGCAUUAGAUCUUGGCGCUACUGAUGUCUCUGAGGCUGGGUUACAGAUCCUGGCCAGAUGCUGUCCAAACCUAAAGAAGCUCGCUCUCCGAGGCUGUGAGUUAGUCGGAGACGAUGGUUUAGAAGCUGUAGCAUAUUACUGCAGAGGAUUAACACAGCUCAACAUUCAAGAUACACCUGUCACGUUGAGAGGUUACAGAGCGGUUAAGAAGUACUGCAAAAGAUGUGUUAUUGAACACACUAACCCUGGAUUUUGCUGAAAUAAGGACCAUAUAAUUGUGGUAAUAGUCUGGAACAUACGUGAGUCGAGAAGACCGAAAAGACCAUAGUCUUUUGGGGUAGAACGAAGAUUGACGUUUCAUUUUUUUUUAUUUGAAAAGACAGAAUGUAGGAAAAACAAAAGACUACACUACUACUAUUGUUAUUGCUACAAAGUAGACCGAAGUUUUGAUUGCUUACAAAUCAACAGUUACGGGUCUUAUUUCAAAUAACUCAAAAUGAUUGGUAUUUAGAAAAUGAGAAUGAAAUGGGAACUUAAAGAAGAGAUUUGCAAUCCUUUAAGCGAUUAGAAUACGAUAAGAACUGCCCCUAACCAAGUUUUGACCUUGUUCAAACGCAAUAAGGUUUAUUUUUCUUGCUGUAUUAUAACGGACUUGACCUUUACGUUCAUAUAUGAACGAAUCUCAUAAACAUGUAUUCUCAUAAGGGAAAAUUGAGUGUCUUUGUUUGAAUAAAAGCUUUUGUCAGAAAAUAAAUCAUAAUAAUACGCAAGUAUUUAUAUGAAUAACUGUCUGCUUGGGACUUUGUUUUUAUAUGACAAGACGAAUUUUACAAAGGUUUUCCCAAAAACCUAUCUCGAACUGUGAAUUGUCUAUGUACAACUUUCCUAUUUUCAUAAUUAUUUUUGUAAAUAAAAAAAGAGAUUUUAGUUUACUAACAUAAUUUUAUAUAAAUGUAAAUGCUUUAAAUAUAAAUAUAACCGAGUAAGAUAAUGAUUUAAAAUAUAUUUUAGUUUAAGUAUGUAUUUAUGUACAGGGUACAGAAAAAGUUAAGGGUGUUUUAAAUGGGUGAAUUCAGGCGAAAAUGUGGGACUUGUAGUAUUGAAAAAAAUCUUAGAAAAAGUUCGUAUAUUCCCAUUCCACUAAGUUUGAUCCUAAAAGUUGUUCGAUACAAUUUUGUAACACCAAAACGUAUAACUUAAAAUUUAUGGUUUAAUACUGGACUUUGCAGUAAUGGUUUUUGUUAUGGCAAAAGUUGAAAUCAAAUCGUUAAAGGAGCAAUAUUUAACGUUAUUACAAAUCUGAGCUAAACUGUCGAAUUUGUGUUUUUGUUGAAAAUUGCGGACAAAAGGACCAUAUAAAGAGAUAUUUUAUAUUUCUUCCAUUGCUAUUAGUAGCUAAGCUGCGUGUAAAUUUAUCUAGGAUUUUGUACAUUAUCUCUGUAAUUAAUAUAGCUUUCAUAAUUUUACAUCUUCUCUAAAAUAAUAUUUAACGAGGAAUCUUAAUAAUUUACUAUUUUAGAAAAUCAUAUUUUUUCUGUAAAAGCUUGAAUAAUUUACUUACAGUCCAUUUUCCUCAAUUUAGAAUGAAACACAAUCUUUGAACGUUCGCCUUUUUUGCAAUGAAUAUUUUUUUGCCUCGCAGCAUUUUUUAUAGUAUAAUUAAAAAAAUAUAUAAUGACUUAGAUACCUACCUUUAUUAUAUAUACUAUUUUUAUUUUCCAAUAUAGUAAUAUAAUAAAAAUACAUUGGAAAACCUCGUUUGAAUAUCAUAUGCUUCUAACUAAUAAAACCAUUACUGGAUUUGGUUCAGUAAUAAACUGAAUACUGCCACCGGCGAUGCCUGUAAUGUGAAUAUACGAAAUAGCCUGCACUCAAAUAUUAUUUAAACUAUCAAUUUGUGUGAAACAAAAUACGGAUAACAUUAUGAUUCGGACUAAAAAUAUAGUGCCAUAGAGUUUUCUACAAUUAGACAAAAAUUGCCUCCUUAGACAAAAAGUAGAUGUACCUUAUCAAUAAAAAACUUUUUUCUAAUAGCGAAAAUUACUUCUGAAUAUUAUUUUUUUGGACCGCAAAAGUUCUUAUAAUAGUGAAGUUAGAAGUUGUUUUCGUUAUUGGUAGAAAAACUUAUAAAUAUGUAAUUACAGCUGAUAUCUUCAAAAGAUAUGGCGCCCUAGUAUAAAAUUAUUUCUAUUUUAACUGAAUUGCCAUUGUUGAUUUAGUUUUUAUUAUUAAAUUAUAUUUUUUAACAUA